CCAAGGGUCAACAGACGGAGAGCGGAUUUAAGGAUGAGAGCAUUUGUUGCAUGGCGUCAUCGUGCCUUAGCUCAUGGCAUGGCUGCAUGGAAGGUGUACGUGGCAAGUCGUCGGGCUCGAGCUGUUCUUCGAACAAGAGCAUCUUUUGCAUGGCGUUGUCAUGCUUCAGCUCACAGCAUGGCAGCAUGGAAGGCGUAUGUCGCGAUUCAACGGGUUCGAGAUGAUCUCCGGACGAGGGCGUUUGUUGCAUGGCGUCACCGUGCCUUAGCUCACAGCAUGGCAGGAUGGAAGGCGUACGUUGCGAUCCGCAAGGCUCAAGCCGCGAAUCGCCAUAGAGGCAGGGCUUUUCAUGCAAGCACACUGCAAAGGAGAGCCUUUGAUCAAUGGCAUAAAGUUGUCGCAGUUGAGCUUCAUGUCUACCACCGGAAAGUACAAGGGACUCCACAGAUGCUGGACACGUCAUGGAAUCGCAUCAGCGCGGAAGUAGUCGACGCACAAGCUGAGAGAGAGAUGGACAUCAGGGAUGACUGGGACUCUGAGAGAUUAGGAGGAGAGGAACACGAUGGAGGAUCAUUAUGGGCUACGUCUACGACGGAAUUCAACAUUGACACGGGAUACGUUGAGGUCCGAUACAACAAUCGGACUUAUCUCGAUGGCCACCGACAAUGUGUUGGAAACGAACGUUCUGGGAGAGGGGCAGUCGAUGCCGGUAAUCUGAGUACCAAAGUGCCAAGCACGGAGACACUUAAGAAAAGUGGGUUCUCCAGAAGAAGUUGUCUGAUCGAACCUCCACGAUCAUGUGAGCAUCACAUGCUACUGUCGCAUGAUGAUACCAGUGAUCAUGGCAACCAGCAGCAGCAGCAGCAGCAGCAGCAGCAGCAGGAGGAGGAGGAGAGAGACGAAGAGGGAGAAGAAGACGCGGCAGCUCAUAAAGCAUCUCCAGCUGCUGAAUUUGCUAUAGCUGCAGAUGCUGUUGCUGCUGCUGCUGCUGCUACGGUUUCCGCUGCUGCGGCCUUUCCAGCUGCUGCUGGUGCUGCUGCUGUUCUCGCUGUUACUGUUACUGUUACUGUUACUGUUACUGUUACUGUUGCUGUUAUUGUUGCUGUUGCUGCUGCUGUUGCUGCUGCUGUUGCUGCUGCUGUUGCUGCUGCUGUUGCUGUURCUGUUACUGUUACUGUUACUGUUACUGUUACUGUUACUGUUGCUGUUGCUGUUGCUGCUGCUCUUGCUGUUACUGUUGCUGGUUAUGGCUUAGGGGAUGCGGCGGCCGGUGAACAUUGUAUACUGCCUGUUAUUGGUGUCGGGUGGCUGCUACCCAUGGCUGCUGCUGUUUUUGCUGUGGCUGCUGCUGGCUAUGGCUUAGCGGAUGAAGCGGUCGCUGAGCUUGUGCGUUAUGACUGUUCAUUGUAGGCCGCUGCUACCCAUGGCUGUGUUGUUCGCUGGAGGCAUGGGCUUGUGAGUCCAAACUUGGGCAAUCGCGUUUUGUUUCUGAGA